AUGAGUGCUGGGAAUGCUUCUCUUAGAAAAAGUAGAGCUCCAGUUGGUGACUGGAGAAAAUUCAAUGGUAAAGGACCAGCUAAUCCAUAUGCCAACCUUGAAGCGCCUGGGCAAAAUAACAAUAAUUUGGGGAUUCCAAAAAUACCUAGCCAUGAUAAACAAAAGAUCAAGAGACGUUUGUCAAUGAAAGUAGAAGGAGCAAUCACUCCUGAUUUUGCUGGCAUGCCAUCUUUACCGUCUUCUGCCAUGGCAAUGAUUGCAGAACAUGGGGAUGGUGAAGCCUCAAUGGCCAGUGGAUCCAAUAUUGAUCUCAGUGGUAAUCAUGGGGACUCUGCUCAAAAAUAUGAGACCAGAACUGGACAGCCUAAAGGAAGAAACAAGGCUGGUAGUUUUUCUGCGCCAUUGGCCGAUCCAGAUUUCGAUGCUCAUAGAUUUGUAAUUACUAAAUUACAACAGGCUAAAGCCGCCGAUGUUGACAGUUUUACCACAAGGUUGAUUACACUAGAAGAAAAGAUAGAUGAAGAUAUCAAAAACAAUGUUAAUAAGAGUUACGAGAAGAUUUUGAUUGUUUCUAAUGAUUUGAAUAGCACUGAUUCCGAAUUAAAGACUUUGAAAAGUACCAUCAACACUUUGCAAGAAAUCACUCUUCAAAUGAAGGAAACUGCAGAAUCGCGACUUCAAACCGCAAGUAAUGAAAAAAAUGCCUCGAGAAAUGAUCUUUCAUCGUUAGCAGUUCCGGCUGGUCCAGGCCAAAGAGGAGGAGGAAGAAGAGAUAGAAGUAGCAUCAUGAUAUUGGAGAAGAGGUGGGUAGAUGAGUUGAAUAAUCUUUUCAAACAUGUCGAAGGUGCCCAAAAGUUUUUGACGGCAAAUCCCUCAAGACAUGUGUUAGCAGAAAGUGGCCGAUGGUUUGAAUUGAAUGCAGCGACUUGGAAACCUUUACAUUCAUGCCACUUAUUCGUGUUGAAUGAUCAUGUAAUGAUUGCUACUAGUAAAACAAGAAGAAAUAACCAGGGGCAAGCGAGAUCAAAAUUGGUGGCGGAACAGUGUUGGCAAAUUAGAGAAGUAAAAAUGAUCGAGAUUCCCGAAGUUAAAAGUCAAAAUAAAAGCGAUUCUCAUAGCACAUUGAAUUUUAAAUAUCAUGGGUCCAGUUACAUUUAUCAAACCAACAGAAAGGAUCAAUAUAUAAAGAUCGUAUCGGCGUUUAAGAAAGCUCAAUCGCAAUUGAGAGAUAUUACCGAACAAGAAUCACAAAAGCAAAGAAGAUUGAGAGACUCUAUUUCGAUAUUGUCAGCGAGUGAGAAGUCUGGAAAGAGGGAUUCUGGUUUGCUUCAAGCUUUGAGUGCAAGAAUGCAUACCAGAACUUUGAAUAUUGACAAUUCUGCAAUUAUGAGGAACUUAAGAGAUAUUGAUGAUAUGAUUGAUGAAAUAGAUAUUAAUAUUGCUCAUCACAAGUUUGGCGAGGCAGUUGAAUUAGUAAAGCUUUGUGAUGACAAUAUAGUCCAGCGAAAGAAAGAAAUUAAAAUUGCUGAUUCAAGUGAUUCGUCAGAAGAAGCAAUGAUUUUGCUUGAUGUUUUGAAAAUGAAACUAGAUCAGAGAAAGAGUCAAUUGGAGACUGCUUUGGUAUUCGAGAUUAACGAUGAAUUGAACAGUACUGAGGAUGUCAGUGAAUUCAUUUUCUUUUUGAGAACUCUUGACAUGACGUCUGUAGCAAAAGAAAACUUGCUUUUGGCCAGAAGUCAAUUAAUUCUCAAGCUUGUCGAAGAGGUAGAUUUCGAAGGAGAUUUGCCAGACUAUAUCACACAAGUUUCUAUAAUUAGAUUUCAAAUUAUCAAGGCAACCACUGUGUUAUUUAAAGAAGCGUUUCCGGAGCCAGAAUAUUCCAGUGAUAUCGUUAAAUGGUGUACCGAGGAGGUCAAGAAGCAAGCUGAUUUGUUAAAAAAGCAACUUUUUGAUGUUAAGUAUGGCUCUCCAAUCCACAAAACUUGUAUUGAUAUCACUAAGAAACAGGUUGCAGAUUUGAGACUCUCGGGAUUAGAUGUCGAUUUUCUUCUUGAUUCUGUGUAUUCUGAAUACUGA